AUGAGUGGAGAGGACAUGGUUUCAGGACCUCAGUUGGCUGAUAAGGGAGCCCUCCUCUUCACUAUCAUUUUGUUCCUUUUGUGCCUGGUGGCAGUGGUGGGUAAUGGCUUAAUCACUGUGGCACUGUGCAUGGAAUGGUUGCUAUGGAGAAUGUUGUCACCCUGCAGUAAGUCAUUGGUCAGCCUGGGGGCCUCUUGCUUCUAUCUGCAAUGAGUGGUGAUGAGUAAGAACAUUUAUAUUUUCCUGAAUCCAAUGGCCUUCCCAUACAACCCUGUAUUCCAGUUCCUGGCCUUUCAGUGGGACUUCUUGAAUGCUGUUACAUUAUGGUUCUCCACCUGGCUCAGUGUAUCCUACUAUGUGAAAAUCACAACCUUCACCCACCCUGUCUUCCUCUAGCUAAAGUGGAAGGUUUCUGGGUUGGUUCCAUGGAUGCUACUCAGCUCUGGGGGGUUCUCCAGCUUUAGCACCAUUCUAUUUUUCAUAGGCAACCAGAGAAUAUAUCAGAACUAUUUAAAGAGGGGUCUGCAAUCUUGGAACGUCACUGGGAAUGCUAUGAAAACAUAUGAGAGACUCUAUUCCUUCCCUUUGAAAAUUGUUACCUGGACAGUCCCUACUGUUAUCUUCAUCGCUGGCAUGGUUUUGCUCAUUACAUCUCUGGGAAGACACACCAAAGAAGUCUUCCUACCCAUCUCAGGCUUUCAUGAUUCCAGCUCCCAGGUGCACAUCAAGGAUCUCCUUGCUCUCAUCUCCUUUGCCGUCCUCUUCAUUUCCUAUUUUCUGUCACUGGAGCUCAGUGCCUCAGGUGUGGUUCCAUAGGGAUUCAGGUACUGGGUGUGGCAGGCUGUGAUUUAUCUGUGCACAGCAGUCCACCCCAUUGUGCUUCUCUUGAGUAACCACAGGCUGAGAGUUAUGCUAGAGAGGGGCUUCUCCUCAGAGCAUGGGGCAUCUUGA